CAACGGAAAUUCCUCCCCUUACGCAUUGAUACGUCAAUGUACCCUGCUCUACGGGCGUUUGCAAUGACGCACUAACGGCUUCUGGAACAGCUGAGACAUAACGCUAUUGUUGCCCUACGCUAUGACGGUCUGUCCGGGAAUUUCCCAUCCUUAUAACUCGGUUGAAAUUUUGACCUUUUCGUUCGACAAGGUUCCUUUUCCUCUUUACCCACCCCCGCCACCCCUUUCACCAUGCCAUCUCGCUCAAGUUCAAAACAACGUCAAAAGAAUGGUGUUCAGGAUGGAAAUAAUCAGCAAAUGGUACGAAGGGAUCCUUCUGCUUCUCAGCAGCGCGGUGGGCAGCUUAUGAAGCAGAACCAGCAAAAGAGCCCGGAAAAGGCUGAAAAGAAACCAGAGACCACUGGAGCCGUUAGGUUAGAUAUCAAUCUUGAAGUCGAAGUUCACAUUAAAGCGAGACUCCAUGGAGAUCUUACUCUUGCUCUUGAAAUGUAAAAAUUUCCUGUAUUAUAUA